AUGAACUUCAAGGAAAUCAAAAAGAGGAGCAUCUUGGCAGGCCUUCGCACAAUGAAGGCACCGGCUGUGGUUGCGAUGCUUGUCAGCAUGGUGUUUGGCAUGUCGUUCUUGGACUUCAGCCCUUCAAACCAGCUUCAACACCUUGAGCUUUUUGCUGGGGAUUGCGCUGUAUCCCGGGCUGAACAAUGGGAAGGCCGAAAAGUUAUGGCCAUGGACAUCGCCUUUGGUGGAAGCAACAUGGACCUACUCUCCCCCCAAGGAUUCCUUGGAGCAAUCUAUCACGCAUGCAGACUCGAGCCUGGGAGCGGCGCGCUUGCUGCACCAGUGUGCAGUAGCUUUGUGUUCGUGAAUAGAGGCACUUCUCGAAGAAGUUCCAGCAGGCCAAUGGGAGAAGAGAGCUACCAAAGCGUGAGGGCUGGAAACGUACUUACGGCCAGAACAUUGAUUAUCAUGAUGAUUUGUCACGCCCUUGGAUGCUUUUGGUGUUUAGAACAACCAAAAGGGUCACUCAUGGAAGAGCUGCCAGUUUUCCAGCAAUUCCUGAAGAAAAUCCCUACUUGGAAGCAUUGCUUCAACAUGAGAGACUAUGGUGCUGCAUCCCAGAAACCCACGUGGCUCUAUGCAAGUGAGGAAAUCAUCAACGAGCUGCCUUGCUUCAAACCAAAAUGGUUACCAGAGAUACCAGCGGCCGAAAUGGUGGUGAAGUAUGUGGACGGGAGCGGCAAGGAGAGGGUGAAAGGUGGAUCUCAGUUGAAAAGCAGCCAAUCAUACCCCUUGCCGCCAAAGAUGGGAAGAUUCGUCCUCAAGCAUGCGGUCAAAGACUUGCCGGUUUUUGGACCAAUGGGAAAGAGUACAAAGAAGGAGGACAUGAAGCCUGUCAAAGGUGUAAAGAAGGGGAAAGUAAAGAACGAAAGUCAUAAGAAAAAGGAGCAGGACACACAGAAGGUCUCGAAGCCAGUGAAGCCUUCGAAGGUGGCAAAGAAGGAACAUGGCAAGAAGACGACAGACAAGAAGGACAGAGAUAUGAAGGGUUCAGAAAAACGAGCAAAGGGCAGCAGCAGCGACAAGGUGACCAAGAAUCACAAGAAGACCCCGGAACCUGUGCCAAAGAAAGACAAGAAGAGCAGCAAGAAGACACCUGAGGCUUCCCAAGUGGGCACCGCAGCCAAGCCUUCAAUUAUGAAGAAGCAGUCCAACCAACCUCCAGCAGAGCCUCCUACCCGAAGGAUCAGCUUCAAGCAGCCAGCAGAGACAAGCCCAUCGACGCCCCCUGACAAGGUUCGACGCCUCUCUUCUCCGACUCUUUCUGUGGCUUCAGAGGACUCCUUGGCCAAGUUGAAGAUGGAAGCCAAGGAAAAGAACAUGGAGUUCGCAGACUACCUGCAGCACCUGUCCCGUGAGCAAUUGGACAAGGAAGUUGAAGCACACAUGACAUGCCUAGUGGCUGAACAAGGUGGGGAGAAAGAUGAGGAGAAGGAAGGCGAGGAAUCAGACGGAGAUGAAUCCGACCCAGGGGAAGAUGAGGCAGCCUCUGACCCACCGGACUCAGAGAGCAGCGAAGAGAAUGACAAAGGGAGUGACAGUGACAUGCCAGACCAGCUUGAUGAACCAGGCAGUGAGGAGGAGGAUACAGGAUCAGAAGACAGCUCAGACACUGGGAGUUCAGACAAUGAGGACAUAGAGGACCAGGUCAAUGCCUUGGUGCCAUAUGCAGACCAAGCAAAGAAGGACACAAGCCAAGCUGCAGCAAACCAGGCAGACAGCAAGAUUGACACAGAGAAGCAGCAGCAGCAGCAGCAGCAGCAGCAGCAGCAGCAGCAGCCAACGACAACCCCACAGGGCAACGAAGCUGCUUUGCAAGUGGCAGUGCAAGAGCAGCGGCUGGUGGGCGAAAAGCAGGCUAAAGCGAAGGACUUGAUGGCACGUCUUCGCACCCAGGGGCUCUGGGCAUGGGAUGAAGAUUUUGAGAAGGAUGAAGAGGAGAUUUUCUACUUCACCAACAUGGGGUCUUCCUUCAAGAAGGAGGACAUGACCAGUGAAUCCCUUCAGGUUAAGGUCACUGAGAAAGGCAACCGAGAGCUGGCUGAGAGUCUCACGGUGGAAGGUGGUCCGCUGCAAGCGGGCUUGAUGCCGUCGAUGCCUGUGGCAGAUGAGAAGAAAUUGCUUGAGACUCUCACCAGUGAACCAGUAGAGUCUGUGGGGGUCAAGAAGAAGAAGGCAAGCAAGGAUAAGGUGAUCACGGAGAAGAUGCAGGAUUGCCUGAAGGAGAGUGGUGAGGCGAGAAAAUAUGCCAUCUCACUCCAGAACCUUGAGUACACAGGAGACCUGGCAUCGAAGCUCAUGAAUUUCUCAGCAAAGAUGGAGACAACGUACCAGAAGUUGGCUGACUUGAUUUCCAGGAAGGUCCAGGACUCACAACAGUACGUCAAGUAUUUGGAGAUAAUUGAGGACAAGCUCAAUUGGUAUGAAAAAGCCAAGGCAUCUGCGAAGGCAUUGGCGAGCGGGUUGAAUCCACGGCCUAAGAAGAAGGUGAAGAAGUCAAGCAAGGACAAAGGUCAGACGGCAACCUCGGUGAAGCGCUGCAGAGGCAAACGCUUUGAGGCAAUGUCGAGGUGUGAAAGUGCUGAUGUGUACUUAAGAAUGAUUGGAUCUGGUCGGGCAUCUAUCGCAGAAAUCUGCGAAAUUAGCCGUGCUAAUGUCGCUGAUGGGUCCAAAGCGGAAGCUUUACACAGCUUGAAGUUCCUGGCGAAUCCGAAGCUGUACCUCACCAAGUUCCGCAUGGCAGACUACGUCGCUGGCACCAGGCCUCUAUCUCCAUGGAGGUGCGUGGAUGGAUGGCACCUGGGAACCGUUUUCCAUGACCCGAUGCAUUUCCUAUACUUGGGGACUUUGAGGGAUCUCUAUGCAAGUGCGUUGGGAUAUUGGCUCCGAAAUGGUUACUAUGGGGAUGGGACGAUGCCUCAAAAGUUGAGGGCCUUUUCCAAAGACCUCAAAGAUCAAUCCCGCCGAGAAAGGGUCAUUCUUACGUGCAAGACCUUCACACUGGCGAACACGGGUUUGGAGAAGCCAAACCAAUACCCAGAAAUUGGCUCUGCAUUCAAAGCGGCAUUUAUGAAAGGAGCUAUGUGGUUCUUCACCAAAAUUGCCAUAGAGUUGGCCGAAGCAAACCCAGAUGAUGAAAUCUUGAGACUUAUGGCAGUGUGCUUCUGGAAUCUUUUCAGCGCAUUGGUUGUGCUGGACCAAGCUGACAUUCUCUUACGUGAUGAGGAUGCUAAGGAGUUCAAUGACUACAUCCAGAUCCAUCUUAUCGCGUGGCAGCAUUUGGCAGCCAUUUGUGAGGGGAAGGCCUUGAGACUUUUCAAACUGAGGCCCAAACAUCACCAAUGCGACCAUACUCGGACGCAAACCGCCCGAACAAAGUUAAACCCUAGAAGGGUAAUGCAAUGCUUUGGUGAUGAAAGUUUUUUGGGGUAUUGGAAACAGAUAGGUGUGAAAUGUCAUGCCUCCUCUGUCUUGACUCGUAUCUACCAAAGAUACUUGAUGUUUCUGAGUCUUCGCUGGCGAGAUGUCAGGGGCGAUUGA